AUGGAGCCCCAAACAGGAUUCCUGUCUCUUGCUGAAGAACUCCUGUGUUACAUUCUGAGCUUCCUUCCUUACCGAGAUAUUCUUCGGUGUACAUCUAUAUGUAGAACCCUUCGCCAGACGUACUUGUCCUUCUCCGAACUUCAAUACAUCGUUGAAACAAGUGGACAACAGUUGCUCGUUAUCCCCAACACAGACGAUAGCAUACCUAUUUCUGAGCGUCUGCAGCGUUUGAGAGACGAAGCUCACGCAUGGUUCAAAGUUGACACCCACCCUUUCCUUAAACUUGUCCCCAUAACAUGGGCACCGCUAUCGCGAGAAAACAUUGUUGCUGGUGGGCAUUUCUGCUCGUGGGACCCAAUAGGAGAUACGGCCAUGAUCCUUCCAGUACAUCCAAAGCCCUCACAGCAGUCAAUCCGGCGAAACUGGCUCCCAGGAACGUUGUGUUCGGUUCCACACUUACGCAACCUUGACGUAUUUAUGGACCCAGCACAAAACCUAAUCGCUGUCGCUUAUGCCGCUGAUCACAGGACAGUCUACAUUAACCUUGGAGCCCUGGAUGGUGAUGGUGUUCACCCUCAGGCUGCUGGAGAGAGACUGGUUCUGUCGGACAACUCGCGCUCUGCAACGGGAAAUGCAAAGCUCAAAGGUUUUGGGAGGCAUAUCGCAUUGUCGCGUCUCUCGAACGAUGAAAAUCAGAAUUCGGUGUGGCAGCUGCAGAUUUGGGACUGGAAAUACUCGACAACAUCCAGUGUGAGCUUUGGUUUGAAAGAGUUGAAAGAGUUGAUGGUUGAUUCUGAAUUUAGAGCAUCCUCAGCGGUGCAGUACCCGACGGAUCCGGCCCAGUUGAAUUUUGUUUCCUCGGGAACAAUCGAUUGCUGGAUUUUCUUCGACCUCGACGAAAUGGCAGCAGCAAUGCCGAUACCAUGGGAACAUUGGGGCCCCUCAAAUACUCGUAUCUUUCAGCGACCAUCUCGUUCCACAAUCCACGGAAACCGAGUCUUGCAGAGACUCUAUGUCGGCACGGGCAGCUCGCAGUUUAUAUUACAACUAUUGGACUUUAGCCCGCUAGCUGUGACAAACGGGCGGGGUCUAGGACGAGUGGUGAAAGAGCCGUCCACGACAUAUGCCAUUGUCGAUAGAUUUGGCACACGUGGAGAGAGCUUGACAACUUCCCUGCCUUACGUUCAAGUCGUAUUUUCGGACAGAAAGUUCGAUCGUGUUCAUUCACAGUUGAGGGAGAUGUGGAUCGACAAGGAUAGGAUUUAUAUGCUCUCCAAAUCACUGAGAUAUCCUAGGGACAGACUUGAGGUCAUUGACGUCAAGCCUGACUUACGGAGCGCUGUGGUAUCAACUGUUGAUGAUUAG